AGCUACCGCACCCAAACACAAUAUAUUGUGGCCUGGUGUUGGCAGUGGGUAUUGGCGUCUGAGCGGUGGGAGCUGGGCCAUCGGGGCAGCGGACACCAUUUUCAUAGCUGGGAUCGCGGCCAAAGGAGGCGAGGACAGCAGUGCAUAGCUGGUGCGGUGGCCAUUGCGGGGACCGGGACAGCAGGGUUUAUAGCUGGGACAGUACUUCGAGGCUGGGACAGCAGGGAGGGUUUAGAGUUUUUUUUUAUUAUGUCUGGAACUGAGGAGGACGCAACUCUGAGCGCGAGGUUGGAUGAGGCGCUACGAGCUAUAGAGGAGGCCACGGCUGAGACGAAGGAGGCCAAAGCUGAGACGGAGGAGCUUAGGGCAGCACAGCGGCGGUCUGCGGGUGCACCUGCCUGCAGCAGCUCAGGAGGCGACGGUCUAGUUGCUCCUGGAGGGGUUUCAUCUGCACCGGUGAGGCCAAUGUGGCCAGGCGGGGUGAGUCAUGAUGGCGGCACUGGGGUGCCGGGUUUGCCUCUUGGAGGUACAAUUGUCAGAACUCCUGUGCCUAGAAUCCCGCUUAAUUGCACCGCCGACACCUUUCUCAGUUGGCGGAGACGCUUUCUGGCCUACGUGGACAACCACAAUCUCCAGCACACAAUCUUCGGCAGUGCUGAGGUUCCCGUUGUCAGUUGUAAGGAUGAAGGAUACUUGACACGCCAGUAUGGUGCACAGCUGGUUGUUGAGCACAAGAGGACAUGGAGUUUUAUCUUGGAGGCAGCGGUGGGGGCCCCAUUUGAGAACAACCUGUACUCUUGCCAUUCCGUGGCAGAGGCGUGGAGGAUGAUGGAGGAUUGGUUUUUGCCGAACCACCCAGCUGAUUGUCAGCUCCUCGUCGCCGAGCUAGAUAAUAUAACCAUGAGUGAUGAUGAGGACCCCAAGCUUUUCUUCUCGCGCGUCGCACAACUGGAGACCAAGUUACGGGCUGUGGGCAUUGCUAAGAGUGACCAGGAAGUUGUGCAGAUCCUUGUGCGCCAACUCCCCGCACGCUACGAUGUCGAGAAGCGCACNGAUGAGGACCCCAAUCUUUUCUUCUCGCGCGUCGCACAACCGGAGACCAAGUUACGGGCUGUGGGCAUUGCUAAGAGUGACCAGGAAGUUGUGCAGAUCCUUGUGCGCCAACUCCCCGCACGCUACGAUGUCGAGAAGCGCACCAGUCUUUCCAACCGUGAUUUAACCCGCGCUGAGUUGCAGGACGUCGUGCGUGGUCGAUAUACCACGCUCAAGGCCAGCGAGAUGAGGGAGCGAGGGUCGGCAGCUUCGACGCCGGCGGUUUCUGNUGUGGGCCGUGGUUUUGGACACGGCGGCAACGGGGGGAGCGGGGGGGGCGGAGGCCAACGGCGGAAUGGCAACAACGGCGACGGCCGCGGGCAACACUGGUCCUCUGGGAGCGGUGUUGUCCAACAGCAACAGUCGCAGGUGCAGGUGCAGCAGUACCGGCAGCCGCAACAGCCACAGCGGCAGAUGCAACAGCCGAACCAACAGCCGCAGCGGCAGAUGCAAAAGUCGUACCCACAGCCGCAGCAGCAGAUGCGACAGCAACAGCCGUACCAACAGCAGUCGCAGAUGCAGCCGUACCGGCAGUCGCAGCAGCAGCCGCAGCAGCAGCGGCAGCAGCAACAGCCCGCUUUGAACGGUGUUGGUGGCAUCUACGAUUGCGGUAGUAAUGCCGUGUAUCAUCAGCCGGAAUCACUACCUCCACCUGGCGCGCCGAUGGGCACAGUGCACAGAUGCGGCCGCUGUGAAAGGCACGGUCACCACGCCAUAGAUUGCGCCGCCCCCCGCAGGUUCGAGGGCACGUGCGGUGCAUGCGGCCAGUACGGUCACAUGUGGCGCAACUGUGCCAAGAGCAACCGGCACCCCCACCUCAACGUCGUCACUUCUGCUGGUGCCCUCGGUCCGGAGUACGCGUACACCGCCGCGGAUACAUCGGCCGUCCAAUUUCGUGAUGUCCCGGCGGCCGAUGGCGUAUACUACAGUGACACCAUGCUGGCCGGCGCUGGUGGCGGCGGCAACGGUGGUGGUGGUGCUGGCGGUGGUGGCAGCGGCGGUGACAAUGGCGGUGGUGGCGGUGGAGCGAUCGUACAGCAGCAGGUAGUGACACCGGGCGAGCCCUACUUUGGUUUUGUCGACAUUUUCCACGGCAGCGGUGGCGUGGAAGGUGAAAAUGGCGGCGGCAGCGGUGGUAGUGACGCGGCGGGAGCGGACCCUGAGGCGCUUGGCAAUGGCGAGGGUACCUUCGGUGGCCGUCUCUUCGCGAUGCACCUUGUCUGUUCCGUUACCUCAUCCCCCCCCGUGCGCGAACCAUCCGACCUUUUCCCACAUCGCCCGGGUUCGACGGUCUUCCUUGGAGACACCGGCGCCGUAGUCCACGUGGUCCCUUCUGGGGAAAAGGUGCGCCUGCCGCUCCCGGAGGAGCGACUACUCAUGCUUGGCGACGGUAAGCACAUCCCGGUAGAGUUUUUCGGUGACUUGGAUGUGAUCUUCCACUGCCCUGAGGACGUGCGCGUCACCCUGCAGAAUGUUGGUGUGGUACCGGGUUUGGCGCUAGAUAUUCUGCCGCUGAACAUGAUCCAGGAUCGCCAUGAGAUCAAGCUUAACCGGGAUAGAGCAUCGAUCUUGGGGGGGCGAGUGCGCAUGACAAAAUUCCCUCACGGGAAUUACAUCCAGGGGACUCGCGUUGAUCCACUGCCUCAACGCGACUCACCUCCUCAGCCCCCCGCGAUGGUUGCGGCGAUGCUACGGCCUGGCACGCAAUCCAGCAUCGACUACAACGCUCUUCACUGCUCCCUCGGUCAUGCCAAUUCCAAGACGCUGUACGAGACUGCCAAGCAGAUGGGUAUCAAGGUGACCGGCACUCCGGAGUACUGCGAUGGAUGUGCGGAGUCGAAGGCGAUUCAGCGCUCGGUCCCCAAGGUCAUCUCCCCCUCCCGCCGGACGACGCGGCCUCUUGAGCGUGUCGCGAUGGACCUAGCCGGUCCGUUCGGCCAAUCCAGCGGGGGUGCCGAGUACGUGAUGCAGAUCCUGGACCACCAUACCAACUACGGAUGGAUUUGCUUUCUGCGGGAGAAGAGCAGUACAAACGUGGUUGCGGCCUUUCGUGCGUGGUAUGCCUCCAUCAAAUCGCUCUUGGCUACUCACGGGGGGCUGGCCUGUGUUCUGACCGACAACGGCGCGGAGUGGGUCAACGCGGAGUUUCAGGGGCUGCUGGCGGAGCUGAACAUUACGCGGGAGCUCACGGCGGUCGACGGGCCCAAGAGCAACGGUCGUGUGGAGCGGAGGAUUGCACUAGUGAUGGAGGGGGGCAAGGCUGCGUUUCUGGAGUUCCCGAAGCUUUUCCCCGGAGUUAUGUUCCCGANGAGCAACGGUCGUGUGGAGCGGAGGAUUGCACUAGUGAUGGAGGGGGGCAAGGCUGCGUUUCUGGAGUUCCCGAAGCUUUUCCCCGGUGUUAUGUUCCCGAUCAAGGCGCUGUCCUUCAGGGCCAUCUGGCCCGAGGCCUUCGCGUGGAUGAACGACUCUCUGAACAUCGCAGCGGAGGCCAGGAUCAUUCCUCUACGACGCACAAGAUCAUCACGCCGGCUGGGGUGCCCACCUACUCCGAACACUGCACCUUCGGCUUCAGCAGCCAGGGCUUUCGAGGAGAUGGGCGUUCUUGGGGGUCGGNGUCCAAGAUGCACAGCAAGGGGGAGCGGUGCUUCUAUCUGA